AUUCGCCGAAAGAGAACCAGCAGACCAAAGUCCCGCAACGGAUGCAUAACCUGCAAGAUUCGCCACAUCAAAUGUGGGGAAGAAAAGCCCGCAUGCAGCCAGUGCACCCGCUCUGGACGCACUUGCGACGGCUACACCGACGCCUCGCAACGCCAACUGCACCAGGCGAUCGUCCAGUCUGUACCUCGGCAUGAUGACUGGAGUCCAGGUCCCGAUCGGAAGAUUGUACUUGUCCCGGGUACGCGGGAGGAGCGGCAGUACGUGCAAUUCUUCUGCACGCAGACCGCGUCGGCUAUGUCGGGCUUCUUCCCGUCGGAGUUUUGGAAUCGAUUCCUGCCCCAGUUGAGUCACCGCAACUCUGCUGUCAGGCACGCCGUUGCUGCCGUGGGCGCGUUGCAUCAGCGGCAGUUGCAGGGUCGACUCGAGCCUGCUAACAAUACCGCGACUCUGGACGAUGGAUUCGCGCUGCAGCAGUACAAUAAAGCUAUCCAAAGGUUUCUUCAGCAGAUGGGGGAUCCGAAGGGGAUGGAGGUCGACUUGAUGCUGAUUCAGUGUCUUUUAUUUAUCUGUCUGGAAAUGCUGCAGGGAAACAACCGGCAAGCUAUGAAUCAUGUAGGGGGCGGAUUGCGCAUUCUCUCGGGGCACACUGCUGCUCAGGGGAGCCUUGACAGAGACCUGUUGCAAUUCUUUUGUCGGCAGAAUAAUCAGAUGUCGUACUUUGGUCGACCGCUAGCAUUGCUCGACGCAGUCUUAGGCAGCUCAUCUGUCUUCACAUCAAAAAGUCAGCCUGUGUUCAAACACAUUGGCGAAGCGCGAGACUACCUGACCAACCUCAUCACUCGAUGCUUGCUCUUUGUCCGCUCAGCACAGCGCCAUGUUUGGUCAGACUCACCGCAGCCAUUUUUGCCAGAACAAUUACAACAUCAGACGGCACUGCUGGAGGAGUGCUAUGCGUGGUUCCAAGCUUUUGAGGUAUUGCUAGAACUGCCAGCUAAGACUAGCGGGGUGCUAGAUCCACGAGGCCCGUUAUCCAUGCAGUGCCAGUACAACACCGCGAUCACCUGGCUAAGCACAUGCACAUCCCUGGACGAAAUGCAAAUGGACCAAUACUACCCAAACUUCACGGCUAUAGCAUGCGCUGGGGAGAAACUGGUCGAGCUUUGUGCUGACGGGUCCGACUUGGCCGCAGAGCAGUUCUAUCUCGACGCAGACGUAAUACCAGUCUUUUACUGGUCAGUCCAGCGGUGUCGACACCCAGUUCUGCGGCGCAGGAUUCUGGAUGUUCUGUCGAGGUAUCCCGCUCGGGAGGGCAUGUGGGAUAAAGGACUGCAUGUCGCGGUCUUAAGGCGAGUCCUGGAAUUGGAGGAGACGGAGCUCGCCCAUCUGCCUAUCGCACAGAGGUUCCCGCUGGAACAUCACCGAGUGUAC